AUGCAGCACGACCCCCAGCACUUGGUGUGGCUGCGGCGCUACACGAGCGCAAAGUAUGUGCCCUACGACGUGCCCCUGCAUGCGCUCUGGACGAAGCACCCGGAUGUGUGGAAUGCCCUAGUCCGCGGGCGCAUCCUGGCGGGCCAUGUGGUGGGCGCGCGCAUCUGGCUAGAGCGCUACCGCCUGCUCACCAAGCUGCGUGACACGGAGUCGCUCGCCGCCGUCGUGGGCCCCAAGCCCACCGCGUCGCCCUACCUCACGCUGAUGCAUGCGCUCUCGACAUCGUCCCACUUGCGCGAGUUGUUUGUGCACGUAUCGCCGGCCGAGCAGGCGUCGCUCCAUGCGCGCGCGACGGAUCUCGACGCGCCGUUCAAAACGACAGCCAUGUACGACAUUCUAGCGCUCGUGCGGGAGGACCGGGUGAUUCCGGGCGUGUCGAUGCUGAACCUGCUGGCCGGUUUCGAGGCGGGGUGCGGUCGGCUGGCGCGCGCUGUGGCGCUGGCCACGGAAGCGUGCCUGCUGGAGAACGGCCCUGCGAACGUGGUGCACCGCACGCGAGGAGCGACGCCUGCGGCGGCCGAGGCCGCGCAUCGUGGGCUCCGCGUGCAUAUCUCGACGGUCCCUGUCCUCUUCACGCUGUGCGCGGCGCAUGCGCGUCAGGUGCACGGGUCUCGGCCUGGGCGCGACGAGUGGCUGCCAUGCGAGGUGUUUCCUGCAUCGCAUCCUCUUGCCUCGACCGCUGGCUCGCCUCGUGCCGUGCUGCGCCUCUGCCAGCGCUUGGUGCAAGCGCCCGCGGCGGCCAACGUGCUGAACGCGGCACUGGACGCGAUGCUAGCGACGAAUGACUGGCAGGGUGCUUGGUAUGUACUGCAGCUCUAUGAGCAGUGGGACGUGGAGCCCAAUGCGUGGACGCAGCUGACGCUGUGGCGGCGUCUCUCGAUGCUACCGCACGCCCCGGCAUCGGGCGGACACAACGUGCAUGCGCUGCAGCAUGCGGGUAUGGUGCUGGAGCACGUUCUGCAGGCACAGGGCCUGUCGCUGCCCAGCACGGAAGCAGCCCUGGACGACUUUGUACAGUAG